AUGACGCACAAAAAACCGCAGCUAUUUCUCAUCUGUGACAGCGAAGGCUUCGUGUGGAUUCCGCUGCUAACGGUGGAGUGGAAAAUAAAGUACCUCUUCUGCAGCGAUGCAAAAAUGAAGAAGUGUUUUGUGGACUCCUUCGGUCUGUAUGACACAGAGACGAACACACACGACAAUGUGUUGAAGUUUAUUGAAAAGCAAAAUCUGGACAAUGUUCAUCUGCUCUUUAUAGCCAUGUCGACGUCGAAGCUGCAUGAGCUUAUCCUGGAAUACGUAAUAAGCCAAAAGAAAUGUUACUGCAUUUUCAGUUCAAAUUUACCAACAAUAAAUAUAGAAAAGUUAGAAAAAUUGAAGGCGUCUCUAAAGAACUUUAAUACAGAUAGCGACAUUAUCUAUGACGUGAAGGCAGAGUUUAAAAAAACGAACAGACAGUUUUACUGGAACAUAUUCAACGCCUUAACGAAUCAGCGCGUUUUUUAUAAUUUGAAAAAUACACUGAACGAGUUGGGGGAACACAUAUAUGCCGUUCAAAUUGAGUCCACCUUCAUGCCGUUUUGGGCGGAAAAUGAGGGAAUAGAAAAUGUCCUCUUCUACAAAACGGUGCUAAUUAUCUCCUUAAUUGAGUUUUUAUUCUGCAAACCGAAAAGUGUGUCUGCCAAAUGUUACUCCGUGAAGGGCGAAAACGUUACGGUGAAGUCCAUUGCGGGCAGUGCUCUCUUCGAUUCGCUCAAUUGCUACUUUAAUAUUUCCGACAACUCAAGCAACAAGAUCUUCGACGUCAAGGUGUUCGGGGAGAACGGUUCCGUGGAGGUUUCCUACAACGCCGAACAUAACUGCUUCCAACUGCUUCGGUGCCUGAACCAUUAUGAGUAUCCGAGUCUCUUUGUGGAGAGUGCCCACGAGAGCGCCCUCAACGAACUGAAAUACUUCGUGGAUGAACAGCUAUACACCAAUAAGUAUAUCAACAUGUAUACAAACGCUGUGCAGACGGCCCUUUGCUUGUGGAAAAGCAACGGAGAAAACGUUCCCCUGGAGAUGAAGAAACCAGAGGAGUAUCCUACCCCCGAUGCAGACACCAUGGUGGAAGUAAUGAAGAACUUCAGCAUAACCGCCUGA